UAUAUAUAUAUAUAUAUAUUAUCUAUCUUUAAAUAUGUUGUUCAUCAAUAUUACCCAGUGGAACUUCUGUUGAUGCCUGCUUCAUUGAGUCACAUUGAUCAACUUCUGUUUUCAUGACAAGAUGCAUAUGAAGGAAUCAGACCUCCCCCCUUCAGGACUCAUGUCAAAACCAGUUUAUGUAUCGCAUGUAUAUAGUCAGACAAGCAGUGAGUGUUAUGAUCAGGUUUUUCUAUGUUUGAGAAAAGAAUGUCAGGAAGAUCACCCAGAAAUGAGCGCAAAGCAAAGGUUGAAACAUGAAAACUGACAUCUAGUUCAAGAACAUGUAACAAUCUGAUUAUAAUCACAAGUGUUUGAUUUUAAUUCUUUGGACUGCAUGAAGGUUUUCCUGUUCAGUUACAGAGAGAGAGAGAGAGAGAGAGAAAAAGCAGACAGGAUCUAACAUUUUCACAAUUCUGAAAGCCAUAACUCACUCUACAGCUGAUCGAUAUGCCUUUGUAGUAAAUGGAGCUUUCAAUGCUCCAGUGUGCUAUGAAAAAAGACAAAGGUAAAGAAAAAAAAUGAACACAACUGUAGGAGUGUGAAGUGUUUCACAGCUUUGAAAGCUAAACAGACGCAAAGUGCACCUUUGAUCCCGUAAAAGCUUUAAAAGCUGUAAUGGACUUUGUAUUUCCACACACAAUAAGUUUGACAGUUCACUAUAUUUUACAGUUUUUAAAGUUAUCAUCUCACUGAUAUUCUCUGGUGGCCAUCAUUUUUUCUUUAGCUUGAGACUAGGCUUAAGAGUGCUAAAAGAUUUUUAUCAAAACUUUGUUAAAUACCUGUUUUACAUUAGAGGGGUGCUUAACAAAGUUAUAUUUUCCCAGUGCAAUUGUGACACUCCAUAUACCACCUAUAAAUAUAUAUAAAGGUAGAUACACAACCACGGUGAAAAAAGUACAAACACACUUGUCAGGUUAUUAGUAAUUUAUCAUGUCCCAUUCAGUUUCUGAGGUUAUAUACAAUACUGUGAAUAAUUCAAAACAUCCAUGUUAAUUCAUGUACUUGUAAAAUAUGUCCAUUAUUUCUGACUAUAUACAUGCAUGUGCAUUGUUUUCCGAAUGAGUGAACAGCCCUUAGUUUUACAGUUCCAUCAUACAAUAUGUACAUCCCACAUAAGGCUUGUUCCAGCUAUGUAGAAUAGCUGCUAUUAAAUCAAGGUGUCUCUCCAUAGUGGGUGUUCUGCUCUGAACCAUAAACUUAUAGUUGAAAGCAACAAGCCAUAAAUAUCUACAAUUCUUGGUCAUACUUUAAAGUUGCACAUAAAAGUAACAUUGCAGUUGAUAAACUGCAAUUCCUUUUCUUAAGAAGUUGAUAGAUCCGACACAAAUGAAAAACCCAUGAUGUGUUAAAGGGUGGGGCUUCAGAAUGGGAAGUUAUAUUCAAGAACAUCUGCAGUAUCAGAAUGAAUGGUUUGACAAUAAAUGCCACAUGUCAAAAGCAGGCAUUCUAGAAAGCACAUAACUGCAUUUGUGCCCACUACAGAAACAAAUGAAUAUUGGCUGUUUAAGUCUUGAGAAGACCCAUAAAUGAAAUGUACUUAGCAUCAAGAGUACGCUUUCAAGGACUGUACAUACUCCAUGGCCAAAAUGUCAAGCCCACUGCAAGCUGUGAGCAUGUCACAAGUAAAUCCACUUGUUUAAACAGUGUCUGGAGCUUGACAUGUACAUUUGUCUUCAAAUAUAUAUUAAAAAUACUAUGCAACAUCUUAAGGACAUUGAAAACCGUUGUGUUCACAGCAGUAAACUGAAAAAUUUUCAGACAGAAAAUCUUCAGCAGUAGCAAGAGAUAUUUUCUUGUAGUUUGAGGAAUGGGAUUUAAUUCAUGACUGUCUUAAUUUUGCAUGCAUUCUUUCCUCAGGAUAUAAUGAAGUUAAGUGAUAAGCACUGUAUUUGCAAGUGGUACAAAGGACAUUCUGUAAGAACAUAUUCUAAUCCUGUGAGUUAAUUAUUUUUCAGCUAGCUAGUUUGCAGUGGCUAACUUCAAACCUUGGUACUUGACAUUGACUGACUAAAACAAACAAUUUCUCAAAUGUUCCCAUCACUAAAUGCAUCUUUAAUAUUGCAGUUAAAUCAUACAGUACCAAAAAAAGUCUUAACACAGAAUGAAUUAAAAUAUGUAAGAAAUAAGUCAGUGUAAUAUAAAAUUAAUUUGCAGCUGUCUGAUUCUGGUCUGCACUUAUGAGCUGCAUGCAAUCUUUCCCAUUCCAAUUAAAGAUUUAUGGCAUAACAAUUAUGUAACACUUGUUAAUAGGUAACGUCCACAUUGAUGUGCCUCUCAUUUUCUUAUGGUCUUUCACUUUUUCAAGUCACAUACUUGGUACCCUUUGAACCAGACUACUGCACUUGUCAUUUUUGCAGAAAAGAACGGCUGAAAGAUGCGAGCUGAAAUGAUCGUAUUUCUUUUUGAAUCUUCAUGGCAUAUCUGAACAAGCCAAGUUUUGGUUCGAAUCUAAAAUAAAAAAAGGCAUCAAAGAAAUAUUAUAUUUGUUCAUGGACUGUCAAGAUAUAAAAGAAAUGAAUUUGUAUGAGCCACCAAAAAAUCAGUCCGUGUUCCCUUAAACGGCUGUGAUUACCAGAUUCAGUAUACUGAUUGAGUGAUUCGUUAUACGACAGGAUGGAUUUCCCAACAGCGGCCACAUUCUUCUUACUGAGGCAUUAGAGUACAGAACUGUAGCAACUUUUUUCAUUACUUAGCACUUUCUUUCACUAAACAGUAUUAUUUUCAAUUGCAUCUUACAGAUAAAAAUGACUGAGUGAAUCUGCACUUCAAGCCUGGUUGGCUUUUAAUUAAAGUGGCACUGAUUAGCAAACACUGCUAGUCAAGUUUCUGUAGAAGAAUUAUGUCCUGAUCUUUUUCAUUCUGAAAGUGAUGAAACUGAAUUUCUCCUAACUUGAAAGAACUGGUUUGAAUGUAUUGGGGAGGGAAAGAUUACCCUUCAGACCCUCCUUGAAUGUAAUAAAUGUGGUGGAUUUUUGAGUCAUAUGACUGACUA